AUGCAGAUGAUCCAAUUGUCUUAUCUCUUUGUGCUUCUCGCUUCCUGGGCCGGCUUGGUCGCUGCUGAGACUCACACCUGGUACUUUGAGACUGGUUGGGUGAAAGCGAACCCCGACGGUGUCUAUGAACGUGAUGUUAUUGGUUUCAAUGGCUCCUGGCCUUUGCCAACUUUGAAAGUCAAGAAGGGCGACCGCGUGAACCUUUACUUAACCAAUGGUUUUGACGACAGAAACACCUCUUUGCACUUCCACGGUAUGUUCCAGAACGGUACUUCCCAGAUGGAUGGUCCAGAGAUGGUUACCCAAUGUCCUAUUCCUCCUGGUGAGACUUUUUUGUACAACUUUACUGUGGCCGACCAGGUGGGUACCUACUGGUACCACUCCCACACUGCCGGUCAAUACGGUGACGGUAUGAGAGCUCCUUUCAUCAUUGAGGAGAAGAGCAAGGAAGACUACCCAUUUGACUUUGACGAGGAACUCAUUUUGCCUAUCGGCGAGUGGUACCAUGACAUUGCUGACGUUUUGCAGCCAAAGUUCAUGAACAGAUACAACCCUACUGGUGCUGAGCCAAUUCCCCAGAACCUUUUGUUCAACGAGACCAGAAACAACACUUGGAAGGUGGAGCCCAACACCACCUACUUUGUGCGUAUCGUUAACAUGGGUGGUUUUGUCUCCCAGUACUUGUACAUGGAAGAUCACGAGUUUGAGAUUGUCGAGGUAGACGGUGUCUAUGUCGAGAAGAACACUACUGAUCUCCUUUAUGUGACUAUCGCUCAGCGUUAUGGUGUUUUGAUCAAGACCAAGGAGAAUGCCGACAAGAACUUCGCUUUCAUGAAUGUCUUUGACACCUCGAUGUUGGAUCUUAUUCCUGACGACUUGAUCUUGAACAGUACAAACCUUAUCCAGUAUACGGACGAUACUAGCAUGCCAGACGAGUAUUACAUUGACGAUUUCGAAGAUUUCUUUGAUGACUUCUACUUGGUGCCUAAGGACGGAGAGAAGCUUAUGCCAGACUCCGACCAACAAGUGGUUAUCGACGUGAAGAUGGACAACUUGGGAGACGGUGUGAACUACGCCUUCUUCAACAACAUUACCUAUGUUGCUCCUAAGGUGCCAAUUCUCGGUUCUGCUAUGUCCGCUGGUGAUCUUGCAACCAACUCCUACAUCUAUGGUAACACCAACGCCUUUGUGUUAAACAAGGAUGAAACUAUCGACAUUGUGCUUAACAAUCAGGAUGAUGGUACUCACCCCUUCCAUUUGCAUGGCCACGUUUUCCAGCUUAUCGAGAGAGGUCCUGAGUUCGAAGACCCUACCUCCUUCGACUAUGACAAUCAUACUGACUACCCUGAAGUCCCAAUGAAGAGAGACACUAUUUUUGUUAGAGGUAACUCCUACGCUGUCAUGAGAUUCAAGGCCGACAACCCAGGUGUCUGGUUCUUCCAUUGCCAUAUCGAGUGGCACUUGGAGCAAGGUUUGGCUAUUGUUCUCAUUGAGGCUCCUGAGGAGAUGCAAAAAGACCCUCGUCAGCAGUUCACUGAGAAUCACAAGCAGAUUUGUCUGAAGGUUGGUGUUAACCUUACUGGUAAUGCUGCUGGUAACUCUGAGAACUACAUGGACUUGACCGGUAUGAAUGUUCAGCAGAAGCCAUUGCCUGCUGGUUUCACUGCCAGAGGUAUUGUGGCCUUGGUGUUCUCCGCUAUUGCUGGUGUUUUGGGUAUGAUUGCUAUCACCAUCUACGGUUUGGCUGAUGUCAACGACAUUGACGAGCGUGUUGCUCGUGACUUGGACGUCGAUCUCGAUGAAGCUGACGAGACCUCUGAGCUUGUCGGUCAGUCAUCGUCCAACAACAACUCCAAAUAA